AUGGCGUUUAGUUCUGCAGCCACUGAAGAUCCCCCGAGUGGUGGCACACCAGGUCUAGAUCGCUCUGGAAGCCGAGCAGGGCACCACCAAAAUGCGUCGACACCGGGUGAAAAGCCUUCAGAUUCUUCCCGCGAAGAAGGGGGAGCUUCGUCCUCGUCUCGUCGAGAUUCAAUUGGAAUCAAGCGGAGCAAUCCCUCUCCGUCUCAUUCUCGCCGACCUUCAACUGCUUCACGAGAGUCCUCGGCUUCGUCUUUCCUCUCGUCGUCCACUGUCCUGCCCAAGAAGCGAGACGCCGAUGAGGCGGAGGGAGGGAGCUCUCCACAAGUUUCUCUCCUCUCUGACCGGAAGCCUGAGGACGAAGACUCGGCGAAUUCUCGCAGUUCCAGCUUCUUCCGGUGUCCCGGCUCUCCUGCCGGCCUAGACGACUGGGCAACUACACAAACUGGUGUGCCAGGACAACGGAAGCAGACUCGGAGGGGGUCAGUGAACCGAGAGAAGAGCACCAGCGGGCGAGAAGGUGAACGGAUUGCUUCCGGUCAGUCUUCCCGUGGCCGCCGAGUGAGCUUGGGAGUGAACAUUUUUGAUGGUCCUGUCGGCGGCAAAAGUGGAAGUCGAAGAUCAUCCCUGACAAAUCCGCAAAACAAGCUUCUUCUAUCUCGAGAGGAAGAUGGAGGGGGAAGAGACAGCACUCAGAUUAGGCCUUCUGGCACCGGGUCGCCGACAACCGGCAGCCGCCGCACGUCUCUUCAGCUUCAACAACAGAAACAACAGCUUCUUCAGCUCCAGCAGCAACGCGAAGAGAGGGAACGGGAGAAGAAUUUACUCGUGCAGAAGCUGAAGGCGAUGAAGGAGAAAGGCGGGGAAAGCGCCGGGGCGGAACGAGGAAAUGGAGUGGCGGAAGGAAGCGAAGAGGCCAAUAUGGAAAACGAACUAUCUAGAGAGCAGAGGGACACCACUGAGGACACAAAGACAAGUGACGAGGGCAAGUGGCGGAGCAGUGAGACUGCAGAGAUCGGAAAGGAUGGAGAGACACAAAACACAGAGCCUGCAAAUCGACCACCGGAAGUCGCCGACUGCCAGAAAUUCGAGUGGGAAUUGACCCCUCAGGCAAUACCCUAUCAUCAACAAGGAAAUCCUUUGUUUGACAGUCCUGCAGAGCUCGACGCCCGACGCCAGUUAAGGGAGCACCCGGCGAUUCAGAAUGUCCUCGCGGAAAUUUGGCAGGUGUUCCAGAAGGACAAAAACGACUGUAUUUCUCGACAUGAGUACACGAAUGUCUUGAUGAGGAUUUGCUUGGUUCUUCUCCCCACACUUUCGACCGAGAGCGCGCUGGCAAUCAUCGACAACGACUGGAGACGAGACUCCCACGGAAGUCCGUCCCUGACUUUCAACUUGUUCCGCGACGCGUUCUUCGAGUUAGCAGAUUUGUGGACCCCCGUGGUUGACGGGGAAGCCUACGCGACGUUUUUGUCGAAGCUCUUUAAACGUAUAACAGUUCAACAAAUCACGCGAAGGGACUCCGUGGAAAAGAUUCGAGUUGUUCCUAGAAUCGUCGUUCGCUUCCGAACCAAGAAAGCCCCGUCGUCGAUCCAAGAGUCUCCGCCUUCGUCGAACAGGACCGUUGUCUCGCUCGUCAGACGCCCGACAGACGAGCCUCGCAUGACUGCUGAGUGGACCCACGAGGAAGCGAAGGAGCUUCAAGAAGCGAUUGAACAAGGCGCGUCCGAGGCAGAUGCACUCGCCUUCGAGGAAGACGUCGUCCACUCGCCGCUUCCUUUGCUCCUUCCUGACACGCUGGCAAUUCAGACUGUGUGGGCAGAGAAAGAAGAAAUUGCCCCCCUCGGUGCUGCGGCACAAGCCAUGGUCGACUCCGUUUUGCGGCAGUCUGUGCUGCGAUCCCGCGAGGAAGACGAGCAGAACGGACAGGCGGAAAAGGAGAGAGAAGACCGAGACAGAAAACAGGAAGGAGAAGCGCAGAGAAAGCAACCACGUGCGGCUGUCUAUCAUCGCGCGGUUUCUGGACCUCCGACAGGCGAAUGCGGCUGGCCCUUCGCUCGACGAAUGCGGGACGGUGCAGACUACAGGCGCGUCCUCCAAAACAAGUGGGCCGGAGUGGAGGAGAAUCAGAAGACAGACGAACGCAUAGAAAGAGUAGCGGUGGCGGACAGAGAAGGCGGCGAAGAGCCAGACAGAGAUAAUGAGAAGGAAUUGGGAGACACAGGCGGCGACGACACAGACAGCGGAGAUCGAGAAAGAGACGCCAGAGAAGAUGGAAACAGAGACGACAAAGGCGGCGAGGAAGGAGAGAAAGGCGAUCUGGGGAGGCAGGGGGAGAGCCAGAAAACAUGGAAUGCCGGAACCGUCGAGAGGGGCGCCUCCGCGACACCUGAAGCCUUUGGUUGGCCACUGAGGAAUUCCUCGUACUUCCAGUCUCCUGAAGAAAUGAGGGACCCCCUGAACGUGGCGCACGAGAGAAGCAAACUGAGGAGAGGGAGGGGAAACGUUCAACGACCCUCACACGCGCUCGCUCUCACCGUCAGUCUGGGCGCAGUGCCGAAGGUUGUUGUCGUCGAUGGAGAAGCUGCGCUGUCGAAUCAAACGUCGAACGGAGAUGCAUUUGUAAUUACGACUCCAGAUGACGGACUCUUCGAGGCGUUGGAGGCGAAGGAAGGCGAGAGAGCGGGAGGAGCUGGCGAUGACGCCGGCGGCCAAAGCACACGGACCCCACGGAUUUUGUUUCGGUCCCAAAGUGAUCCCCUUCUGUUGGGCGAAGAGAGAGGAAGCAAAGUUUUCAACUGGCUGGCUGAGGGUUCGCUGCUUUUGGAGGCGGCUGGUUCUGUAGCGAGAAGAACAGCCGAGUCCCUCAAAACUCUCGUUUCCCUGGUGACGUGCUCCGCGACGCCUCGAAGCGCCGCCACUCUGUCGAGCAAAGGCGGAACUGCGAGAGGAGGUGAGAGAAGGACGGGAGAACCCCCUUCUUCCUCGCCUCCGCUUACACCUCCUCCUGAAGAUCCCUCAGGGCCGCCGUACGUACACGAGGCUCUCUCUGCCUCAGAUGCGGGUCCAGGUCUCCUCGAGAGAGACAUGGUGAAUCUCGCCAUCACACCGAAACAAGCCAUUGUGGUCGCAGGACCGGGGAUUCCCGAAAAGAGCAACCUAGCGUACAAAUUGGCACGGAAACUCGGCCUGGAGUGGCUGCAACCAGAGUAUUUGCUGCAGAGUCUUGGUCGGCUGUCCAGGCAGCUUCUUUCUCCUCUCGCGAAAAGACUGCUUCGUCAGCUGCAGACCGGGAAAACAGUCUCAACGUCUGACUCUCUCCGCCUCGCUUCCGAGUUCAUGGCGAGCAGGCGGGCGAGAGCGGCCGGCUACGUCCUUGAACUGCCGAGCGAUAGUCCGCGGGCAAUCGAGCGUUUUCUGAAAGCGACGAAGGAGGUCUCAGGAAAGCUGGCCAUUAACUGGGGAGAGUUUCUCGCGCGCCAGGCACUCGAGGGCAUCCGCGAGGCAGAGGAGGGAGAAUGGGAGGAAGAAGAGAAGAAAAAGGAAGACGCGAGGCAAAGUGAAGAACAGAACAUGGAAGGAACAGUAGCAGGACGAGAGGACGAGGAAGUGAAGAACAGGGGGUCGAGUCGGAGAGAGAGUUGUGGGGAAGAAGCGAUGCAGGAGGAAGAGCGGACCGAUUUUUUCCUGGAAGAAUCAUGGCGAGAGACAGGGGACGAAAGAGAAGAGAAGGCCGGGCUCGAGGAUGUGAACGGAUUUGCUGGAAAUGAGAAAGGGGGCGAAAGAGGGAUCAGCGAGCGCGAUCACAAUUCCGGUCCCUGGACGGGUGAAGAACAUGAGAAAGCCGAGGCCGCAGAAAACAGAGGGGGAGGGCCAGUGUCGAGGCAUCCAGAGGACGCGACAUCACAGGACGAAAACCAAAGAGACAAGGAUGCUCUGCCGAAUUCGAAUGGCCAAGGAGAAACGAAGGACGGACGAAAGACUGGAGGCUCUCAGAACGGAUUGAAGCAGGGCGACGCCCCAGAGACGGAAGCCGGAGACGGUAUCUCUUCCUCCAAGAACACAGAAAAGGAAGGAGGCUAUCAACUGCCUAGAGAACAGAAGAGCACGACAGAGGAUGAAGCCGACGCAGACGCAACCUCCUCUGCGGGAACGAACAAACAACCGAGUGAAGACGAGUCGCGGAGUCGAGACCCGGACGAGCAGAGCCAGGAAGAGGGAGAGAAGGACGCAAAAGAUGGCACAUCAGCGGCAUUCGCGGAAGGGCAAUGCGACGAAGCACACGCAGAGAAAAACGAAGAAACAGCACCCGAUAUGGGUGAGGAAGAGCUAGGGGGUCUAAAGCCUCAACAAGAAGGACGCCUGCCCUCUGCUUCCCUGCUUGGAGACGAGGGAGAAGAAGAGGAGGCAGACCAAAAACGGACUCUGCCCGCGUCUGAAGAGGGACCAGAAGACGGGGAGACACGAGAGGAGAGAGAAGGAGAAGAACAUCUCGAAGGAGGAGAGAACGCAGGAGAAGAAGAGAGAGAGGAAGGAGAGAGGGAGGAAGAAGAGAGAGAGGAAGAAGAGAGAGCGGAAGAAGAGAGAGAGGAAGAAGAGAGAGCGGAAGAAGAGAGAGCGGAAGAAGAGAGAGCGGAAGAAGAGGGAGAGGAAGGAGAGAGGGAGGAAGGAGAGAGGGAGGAAGGAGAGGGAAGAGGCGAGGACGAGAGUGACGAAGGGGAGGAUGAGGGGGAACAUGAAGAAGUUGACGAAAAACAAGAAGCACAAGAGGCGUUGGAGAAAGCUCUGCAAGCAGGCGAAAAGAUGCCGAAUCCGCUUAUGGAUGUGUAUCCGAGAGAGGUGGUUCUCGUACAAGUCGAAUCCGAAGAUGCGGAUGCCAUCGCGAAAUCGUUUGGGUAA